UCAUUGCUCUAUGCAGGUAAUAUGGCGGCUGUUGAAAACCUGCUUAAUGGAGAUGUUAAUUUAUACGACAGACUAGGACGAAUGGAAGCCGAUACAAUUGAAAUUUUGAAUGAGGAGAUUCGUAACCUAGAAAACCUUAUCCGCCUUACUAAGGAAAGGCUAGAGCGACUGAAUGCACAGUUUGGGCGUGAGCGACAUCCACCAGCACUAUAUCUACAGGAGUAUGAGGAGCUUGCCAACAAGAUCCAUGAGCUGCAGACCCAGCUACAGGACAAGGAGCAGGAGCUGACUGACAUUGAAGCCCCACCCCCUAAACCCCCGGAGCCUGAGCCAGAUCCUCCCACACCUGUCAAGCUCCCCAUACAUACACAGAUAGGCAAUGGUACAAAGACAGAUACUUCUGUGGGGGGAGCGGGCACAGAGGUACCAGGGGCUCUCUCCAGUCCUAACUUGGCCGUUAAGUCCCCGCUGGGGCAUGUCAAAGCAUUCCUGCCCAACAGCCAACAUACCAGUGUUGCUGUAAAGGUCGGGAAGACACUAGGAGAAGGCCUGGCAAAGGCUCUGAAACUGCGAGACUUCGAACUCGAUGACUGUGAUGUAUACGACAGAAGAACAGGUCGUCAGAUAAGCUGGGAUGAGCCUAUGUCAGAGGUGGCUGGGUACGAGCUGACAGUGGAGCUGAAGUUGAACCGACGACAGCCCUCCUUCCCAGGCGUCUCCUAUCACAACCUGGCGAGAAAGACGUUCUUUUCGUUGACAUUCUGUGAUGUAUGUCGGAAGUUCCUGCUGCAAGGUUUCCGCUGCCAGACGUGCGGCUACCGACUCCACCAGCGCUGCAAGGAUAACAUCAACCCCCUGUGUGAUACCAGAAACCUUACCAAACACCUGCUAGCGGACAGCUAUGGUCCGUUUCAUCCCUCUCUCAUUCCCCCCUCGUCAUAUCAAUCAGCCGCCCUCUCACAGCCUCCCCAGCAGCCAUUUUCACGCAAUAAACAGGCACCCCUUGGGCCUAGGGGUCGUUCAACAUCUGCACCCAACGUCAGUUUUGUCAACAUUGGUGCCACUGAGGAGGACGUGUUACACCACCUACAGCAGACAUACGAGGCCUCCACCAGUCAACAAGCGAGUGCCCCGUACCGUUACCCUAUGUAUAAGGAUAAGCGACACGCAAGUGACAGCUGUGCCAAGACGCAGCCAAGGGCUGGGGGGAAAGUCCAGCAGGGGAAUAUAUUGCACCUGCCACGGGGUUCUAAUCAUAGCCCUGUUGGGAGCCCCACAGACAGCUCCUCCCACUCCCCAACGCCCACAGGAAAACAGCGUCCACGUGCUCGAUCAGUGGAAGCUGACCCCAGCAGGAGAACUGGUGGCUGGAGGGACUCUAAUGAGGACUGGGAAAUUCCUAACGAGGAGAUCAUACUAGGUCCACGGAUAGGCUCAGGCUCGUUCGGGACAGUAUUUAAGGGCCACUGGCAUGGCUCUGUGGCUGUCAAACGGCUCAAUGUUGUCAACCCAACAGCUGCUCAGCUACAGGCAUUUAAGAAUGAGGUUGCGGUAUUGAGGAAAACGCGGCAUGUGAAUGUGUUGUUGUUUAUGGGUUGCACGUCAAAGCCUCAGCUAGCUAUCAUCACACAGUGGUGUGAGGGUUCAAGUCUGUACAAGCACCUGCACGUCGACGAGGUGAAGUUUGAGAUGCUGGCGCUACUCGACAUAAGUCGGCAGACUGCACAGGGCAUGGAUUAUCUUCAUGCAAAGUCCAUUAUACACAGAGAUCUCAAAUCAAACAAUAUAUUUUUAACGGAUGAUUUAACUACGAAGAUCGGUGAUUUCGGGCUAGCGACGGUGAAGGCACGCUGGAGCGGCUCACAUCAGUUUCAGCAGCCAACUGGGUCCAUUCUCUGGAUGGCGCCGGAGGUUAUUCGUAUGCAGGAGCAGAACCCGUAUACAUUCCAGUCGGACGUGUACGCAUUUGGUAUCGUCCUGUAUGAGCUGAUGACCACCCAGCUCCCGUACUCACAUAUUAACAACAAAGACCAGAUUCUGUUCAUGGUUGGUAAGGGGUACCUAUUACCAGAUGUUUCCAAGGUUCGUAAUGACUGCUCGAAGGCCCUGAUACGCCUCAUGCAGGACUGCUGUACAUAUGAUAGAGAAAAACGACCACUCUUCCCACAGAUCCUAGCCUCCCUGGAAAUGCUGGUGUCCUCGUUACCCAAGAUCGGGCGCAGUCGCUCCGAGCCUAUCAUGAACAGCUCACACUCAGAUGAUCUUGACAUGAUGUACAUGUGUGGCUCCCCGAAGACACCCAUCAACAGCCACUACAACCAGUUCUCCUUCCUUAACUUCUGAUAAGCCACCGCCUGGUCCAAAGAUAAGGGCUAUGCUAUUGUUUUCCUCUUCUCCGACCUGGCCAUGCUGUUGAAGUGGAGAGUGGCAAAAACGAUACUCAUCCUAAGCUGGUUUGUUAAUAUGAGGCCACCAGCAUCAGUCAGGAGUUCUUAUAGUGGGCAUGGCCAAGAACUCUGCAACAUUUAAAAUCCAAUGUGAUACGAACUUCAAGACAUAUUACAUACUCAAGUUGAGUAUAAAUAGGACAGUGAUAAGCAUUUAUUAGGCAUUAAGCCAGCUCCAGAUUUAUUGCAGCAAAGCUUUUGCUUUUGAAUAAGUCAAAGUAUUCGCAUCUUUAGGAGGGUACUAUUGACUCCCAUGAUUUUAUGUGCAAUUUUGACUUGCUUAGUGAUCAUUGUUGGAUUCUAGAUGUUUGAAUGGGAGAACAGAGCUGUGUAUAGCUGUUAAGAAAGAACAGAGCUGUGUAUAGCUGUUAACAAAGAACAGAGCUGUGUAUAGCUGUUAUCACAGUUAUAGAAAGAACUGUCAUCAUCUCCUGACAGACGGUAUGAAGCAAAGCAGUUUGGGUUGAUGCAUUGUCAACUUCAAAUGCAAGAAUUCUAGUGAGGGUUUUAUGUAUAAGAAUACACUGUUUGUAUGGAUUACCCCACGGCUGUGUAACAUAAAGUACAUCAGUGGAGUUGGAAAUGUUGUAAUACACCCAUGCCGGGACUGAAAUAUUGACAGCCAAUGGGUGGAGCUAGGUUGACCUGUUGCCAUGGAAAUGUCUCAGUCACCAUGGAGAUAUACAGAGAUGGAUUCCUUUACUGGGCAUUGUUGAUAUCAUUAAAACCAACUCAUAAGUGUGUUCUUUCCAAGUGCUUACACAUCAUUUUCAUUAAUUUUUAGUUCCAGAUUAAUUUUAACAGAGAUUUGUAGGUAAAUAUUCUGCCAAUGUGUAGAAUUUGUAUACAAAGCUGUGAUAAAAGCAGACAUUUGAGAAGUGUAAACAUUUUAAAUACCAGUAUCCAAUAUCCAAUGAAUUACUUAGUAAUCAACUGUUAUCAAGGAUUUGAUUACUGCUAUCAAGGAUGACAUUUCACAAGUUGAAAUAAUUGUUAAUGUCAUUAAUAUUUAUAUAGCCAUUAAAUUUAUUGCAUAUUUUGUCGAGCCCGCUUGCAGGUAGCUUAGGUUGCUUCCGUCAAUGGCAGCCCAUGGAGUGAAUGUCUGUCUGUCUGUCUGUCUGUCUGUCUGUCCGUACGAUCAUAUUACUUGGCUAUACACUGAGAGAUUGUAAUAAUAUAACUUGGCACAAAUGUUCACAAUGAGAAGCAUACCUGGUCAAGACCAAAUUAGGGUCAAAUUCUGGCAUUUUUGCUUGUCCUGGCUGUAACUUAGCCAUGCUGGGGGACUUUCGUCACAUAAUUGGUCUGGUUAUUGCCUGCAAGAACAAUGCCUAAUUUCAAAAGUGAAAUUGAACGCCACAGGUCAAACUUCCUUGUAUUUUGCUUGUCUUCAUGGCGCUGCAUUGGUUUAAACAAAAAUUUAAAACAAGGUCACAUUUAUGGUAAUCAGAUUAUCUUGUAUAUUCUCUUGUUUGACAUCCCUGUUUUGCAUAGACAUCAAAUUUCCAUAAAUUACUUAACUAUGCCAAUAAAACAAUAUGAAUUCUACAUUCAUGAAACAAAUUAUAUUUAAUUAAACAAUCACGAACAGAACUAUGGUACUCAAUUAUUUCUAUACAGCAGUGGGCUCGACAUUGUUGCACUUUGCUGACAAAGCUCUAAUUUAUUAUAGUAAAUUAUUCAUAUUAAAAAAUAGAAAUCAUGCUUUGUCAUUUCAACUGAAUUAUUGAUCAGUUUAAUUGUUUCGAAAAUUCUCUACUCAUAACAUGAUAACAGAACAUAACAAUGACGUUGAUUGGAAAUUCAAAUGAGGCUUUUGACUGUUGAAUAAACAAAUCUGUUUAUUUGUUUUUUUGUAGAACAAAUAUAAUACAUGUUCCAUUAUUAAUUGAUUCAUUGUCAUUAAAUCAUAUUAGAUAUCUGGUUGCUCAUAACAUGUUGGUUAAAGCACUAAUGGUAAGAUAAAUGUAUUUGGUUGGGUCACUGAAUUUAUUCCGGUUCUGCAUAAAGAGAUUUUACUUUUUAUCAAAAAUUCUGUUUUUUCAUGUUUGGUAAUAUUUUUCCUUAAUCAUUAUCAAUACAUGCCGAAUAAUUGACAAACUUCUGGUAAAUAUAUUGGUUUCAAAGAGAUGAUUUAAACCAGAUUAUCAUGGAAUUCUAUAAAAGAAAAUCACAUACUUUUUUUGAGAAUAUUGUUGAUGGACAGUAUUUCGAUUGCCUUUAAUUUGUUGUUCCCCUGGUCUGUGAUUUGUGCUGCUUGGUGUGAUUUUAUUUAUUGUUUGUGUAUAUUUAAAUGCUUUACGUUUUACAUGGUUUUUGAUAGCCUCUCUCAUUGAGAACACUGGGCAGUUUGUGUGGAGUGAAAUAAUGUUUUGUCAAUUUCAUGGCUUUUAGGCUGGUACAUACAUGUAUAUAUGAAAUGGAAUACACUGUACUGGAAUACAAUUGUGAAAAAAUGUGAUCAAAAGAGAGCAAAUUUGUCCUAGAAUACUUUUUUAGACGUGUCGACAAUAUUAAGAUAAGAAUUAAGUGUCAAUAGAAUAAAGAUAAUGAAGUGUCAACAAUAUAGAGAAAACAAGAAGUGUCGACAAUAUAGAGAUAUUUAAAGUGACACUCUUAUUCAAAAUCAUUACAUACACAUGUAUAACAAACAUUGAUUGAUAAACCUUUACUACUUACUAAAUAAUGCAAUUAUGGAAAAUAUUGAUUACUGAAAACUAGAUUUUAAAUGUGUUUAUAAUAGGAGAAAGUGAAAAUAUAUUAAAUGAUUGGUAAGUGCUGAAAGAUUUACUGUGAUCUACUAUAGUCUCCUAAGGUAGAAAUACCGUGUUUUAUGCACAUUUCAUUCAAAUUAAACUCGGUAUCCUUCAUAAGAACUAUUGUUUUCGACAUUUAUUCAUCCUUUAAGGAAUAUUAAAACAUUAUUAUUAAUUGUGGUAAAUCUUCUUUGGGAACAAGAGUACAUCUUUAACUGUUGAGAAUAUUGAACAAUGAAGAGGCAAAAACAUUUAGAUAACAAUUAAAUGUCACAUAGAUUGAGAUAAUUAACUGUUGCCAAUAUUGGAAUAGUUCAGAGAUAAAAAUGUAGUGUGUAGAAUGAAAUGUGUAGACACUACUGAGAUAAGAAUGAAAUGUGUAGACACUACAGAGAUGAGAACCAAACAUGCAGACACCACUGAGAUAAGAAUGACAUGUGUAGACAUUCCAGAGAUAUGAAUGAAAUGUGUAGACUACUGAGAUAAGAAUGAAAUGUGUAGACACCACUGAGAUAAGAAUGAAAUGUGUAGACACUACUGAGAUAAGAAUGAAAUGUGUAGACACCACUGAGAUAAGAAUGAAAUGUGUAGACACUACUGAGAUAAGAAUGAAAUGUGUAGACACUACUGAGAUAAGAAUGAAAUGUGUAGACAAUGUUGAGAUAAGAAUUAAACAUGCAUACACUACUGAGAUAAGAAUGAAAUGUGUAGACACUACUGAGAUAAGGAUGUAAUGUGUAGACACUACUGAGAUAAGAAUGAAAUGUGUAGACACUACUGAGAUAAGGAUGAAAUGUGUAGACACUACUGAGAUAAGAAUGAAAUGUGUUCACACUAUUGAGAUAAGAAUGAAAUGUGUACACACUACUGAGAUAAGAAAUAAAUAUGUAGACACCCUGAGAUAAGAAUGAAAUGUGUAGACACUACUGAGAUAAGAUCACAAUUAAAACUGUCUAUAUUAUUGAGGUAUUGUGAUAACAAAUGUGAAGACAAUAUUGAGAUAACAAUUACAUAUGUUCAAUAGAUUACUUUUUUUCAAUUUUAAAUAAAAUGAAGGGAAGUGCAAUUUCAGUGUGCAUACAUGAACCUGUGUUGUGUCCAUAUGUCCAAUAUUGGUGUUUGUGUUGUGAGAGGUAACUGCUGUAUACCUGUCUGGCUACAUGCAAGUGCCUUGUUAUGUACACACCAUGCAAAACACACCAUCCAGUACACACAUUUCAGUACACAGCAUACACAGUACAGUACACCCCACACAGUACCGUACACCCAACACAGGACACACCAUACAGUACACACAUUUCAGUACACAGCAUACACAGUACAGUACACCCCACACAGUACCGUACACCCAACACAGGACACACCAUACAAAACAGACAUUUCAGUACACACCACACAGUACCGUACACCCCACACAGGACACACCAUACAAAACACACAUUUCAGUACACACCACACAGUACCGUACACCCCUCACAGGACACACCAUACAAAACACACAUUUCAGGACACACCACACAGUACAGUACACCCCCAGACAGUUCAGUUCACACAUCACCAAACAGUUCAUACCAGUUAAUACACAUAGUAAAGUACACACCACACAGUACACAACACAUAGUUCAGUACACACUGUUUAGUACACACCACUUAGUACACACAGUACAGUUCACACCAAACAGUACAGUACAAAAAAUGCAGAACACACAGUUUACACAGUACAGUUCACACCACACAGUACAGUACACAAAAUGCAGAACACACAGUUUACACAGUACAGUUCACACCACACAGUACAGUACACAAAAUGCAGAACACACAGUUUACACAGUUCAGUUCACACCACACUGUAUUGUAAGCACCACACUGUACAGUAAACACUACACAGUAUGGUAAACACCACACUGUACAGUAACACCACACAGUACAGUUAACACCACACUGUACAUUUAACACCACACAGUACGGUAAACACCACACUGUACAGUAAACACCACACAGUACAGUAAACACCACACAGUACAGUAAACACCACACUGUACAGUAAACACCACACUGUACAGAGUAAAGAUACAGUAUGGUAAACACCACACUGUACAUUAAACACCACACUGUACAGAUGCAACAUACAGUAUGGUAAACACCACACUGUACAGUAAACACCACACUGUACAGAUACAACAUACAGUAUGGUAAACACCACACUGUACAGUAAACACCACACUGUACAAAAACACCAUACAGUAUGGUAAACACCACACUGUACACUUAGCACCACACUGUACAAUAAACACCACAUUGUACAGUUAACACCACACCGUACAGUAAACACCACAUAGAAUAGAACACACAGUACAGUGCUUACCACACAAUACAUAACACACCACACAAAGUACAUUCAAUACAGUACACAAGUACUGUUCACACCACAUAGUACAGUACACAAUGUACAGAUCACACCACAGAGUAUGGUAAACACUACACAGUACAGUUCACACCACACUGUACAGUAAACACCACACAGAACUGUUCACACCAUACAGAAUAGUACACAGAGCACAGUACACACCACACAGAACAGUACAAACAUAACAUUACACACCACACAAAGUACAUUCAAUACAGUACACACAAUACAAUACAUACCGCACAGUACACAUACAAUCCACACACCAAACAUUGUCGCACAUCAUCUUUAGAUUAGGCACAACAUAAGCUGGAGUAAGAGUUGUGCUUUUGUAUGGACUUGUUUCCCUUUAGCAAAAUAUUUAUUGCUUAACAAACCUAGGCAUGAACUCUUCCAUGAGUCACAAUGGUCCAUUAUUGUCAAAUCUGUAAAAUUUGAGAAAGUACUUCCAUGCUUUUGGCUUUUGUAAAAUUGUUUUCUUAAAUGAUGAAAGGACUAAAACUUUGCAAUUUUUAAUUAGUAAGAAACUGAAUAAUAUUCUGGCUAUGUUUGAAUUGGUUUACUUAAGACAAGGCCAUCAUGUUUUCCGCCAAAGAAAUGGGCAUUAUUUAAACCAGAGUUAAUGUUUGGUCUCCAAUGAUUGAAAUUAUUUAUUUUCAGAACCAUUAUAUAUGUAUUUGUAUGAAUGUUUUAUAUGUUAGUGUGUUAUUUUUAACUUUAAGAACUUAUUUUAUGUGAUCAGCCCUAAGUUAAGUAUGAAGAUUUUUGUUGUGUUGUCAGAAAACAAGCUGUGUAACUAAUAAGCCUUUGAGGUUUUUUUGUACAUACAGUAACACUGUUUUCUCUUAUUUAUUGCUAUUUAUAUUGUGCAAGAUGUCCUAAUUGGCUGUACAGAGAUUUUGAAUCGUUUAUCUAUUGUAAAAAUGUACAUAGAAAAAUAUACAAAAGCCGUGAUUUAUUAAAUAAAUUAAAAUUUCAUGUG